UGUCGCGCUCCACCGAGAGGGCGAAACCCUACGACGCUCCUCUCCUUUGAUUUGUCUCUCUCCUCGCCCGCAGCCAUGAAGGGACCGGGGCUCUUCUCCGACAUCGGCAAGAACGCCAAGGAUCUGCUAACCAAGGACUAUACGUGCGACCAGAAGUUGACCAUCUCCACCACCAGCGCCUCCGGUGUGGCACUUACCUCUUCUGCUGUCAAGAAAGGAGGGCUUUAUACGUCUGAUAUUGGUUCACUGUACAAAUACAAAAACACCCUCGUCAAUGUGAAAGUCGACACUGAUUCAAAUAUCUCCACCACUCUUAUCAUCUCUGAGAUUUUGCCAUCCACAAAGGCUAUUGCUUCUAUAAAGUUUCCUGAUUAUAACUCUGGGAAGCUGGAGGUUUGGUAUUUGCAUCAUCAUGCAAGCCUGGCCUCGGUAAUGUCUUUAAAGCAGUCGCCGGUGGUUGAACUUUCUGGGACGGUUGGUGCCCAAGGCCUUGCCUUUGGUGCAGAGGCUGGUUUUGAUAGCGCCUCAGGAACUUUUACCAAAUACGGCGCUGGAGUAAGCCUGACGAAGGCAGAAUACGAUGCUUCUGUCAUCAUGGUGGACAAGGGAGACACUCUUAGAGCUUCUUAUGUGUACCAUUUGGAUGAGAUGCAGAAAAGCACCGUGGUUGCUGAGUUUGUUAGAAGGUUCUCCACCAAUGAGAACACAGUCACCGUCGGCGGGCAACAUGCACUGGAUUCCAAAACGACUGUAAAGGCAAGGCUCAACAAUUCCGGGAAGCUCGGGGCUCUUUUGCAGCACGAGCUGCGGCCGAAGUCGACCCUGACCAUCUCUGGUGAGUUGGACACCAAGGCCUUGGAGAGGACUCCCAGGCUCGGUUUGGCACUUGCUCUCAAGCCGUGACAACUAAGUUCUCGUCACCAAUAGGGAGGUGCAUAUUUUUUGAUUGGACGGAAAAGUCGUGCAAUAAAUCCAUUCCACAGACGCGUAGUGUUGAGGUUUUGGCCACUGUGGUUGACUAAUUGGCCUGUUGGCUUUGAAUUCACCUUUUUCGUGGAGGCAUUUCAUGGUUGACUUCUUUCGCAUAUUUUUGGUAGUUUUUGCCGGGACUUUUAGAUUAGCGUAAAGUAAGCGCAGUAAACUAA